AAACCAAGUUCUUGCGUUUUUUCUCUCUCCUCGUUCCUCUUUCACGCACAAUUUCUCUCUCCUCGUUCAAGUUCAUCGUAACUUAGAAAAUGGAAAAUCCCAACAAAUUUGAAAGAUUUUAGAGAGAGAAGCAAUACUAUGGCAGUAGAAGAGCUUGAGAAAUCAAUGGCAGCAACUGAGAUUGAAGACCAGAGAAAAGACGAUGAUGAUUUGGAGGAAGGCGAGAUUAUCUCUUUUUAUCUUUGUUUUUCAAUUUUAUUAAUUUGAUUGUGAAUUUAUUGAAUUUGGUUGUUUGAAUCUUUUUGUGAUGUGGGCGAUUGAAUUAGGGUUUUGAUUUCGUUUUCUUGGAGAAAUGUUAUGUGGGUGACUAAGGUUUUCUUGUGUGAUUUUGUUUAGUUUGAUUUCUUGUGUUAGUUUCUUGAUUAGCGUAGCUAAUUGUUGAUCAUUAUUCUUGGAUUAAGGAAACAUGAGUGUUGAAUUUGUGAAUCAGGUUGAUGGUUUCUGUGAACAACUUGAUUUUUCGAGGCAUUUGGUAGGAUUAGUGAGGGUUGCUUGUGAUAUUUAUGGGUUUAAUAGUCUAAUAGCGUCAACUUUUUAACUGUCAUUUGGUAUAUUGUUGAUGAUAAUAUUUAGGGGAAGAGAAGGAUUUAGCUCUUCCAUACAAAUUGGAGCAUUCUUUUCGGAUAUUGGAAGAACCAUUUGUACUGUUACCGGAAUACAAGGUUAUUGAAUCUGCUUGCAAGAACAAUAUCAUAGGUCUACUGGAUAAGUGACACUAGUUAAGAAAUUAUUCAUUGAAUUUUGGCUGUUGAUGAAUAUUACAUUUCUGAUAUUGAGAAAUCUGAACUAUAGUUUGAAAUUUUUACUUAGUAUGAAAAUAAGAGUUAGCAACAAUUUGAACAUGUUGUAGACUUUAAAGUUUUAUUCUUUCUAAUUAUAUGAUUAAGAUACAUGUCGUAGGGGCAGAUUUUCACCGUUUCAAGAAUAAAAUUUAGCCUAAAUGGGAGGAUCCAAUCUGUGCUAAUGGAGGCAAGUGGACAAACAACCUCAGACCUAUAUGAACUUAUGUGGCGAAUAUGAAACUGGUGCUAAUCAUUGUUCACUUGAUUGUAGACGGGUCCUCUAGUAGCAUAUUACAAGCUACCUCUAAAUCGAGUGAUGGUGGCCAUUGCUAAUCAUGUGGCGUACUUUGGCUUCAACACAAUGGUGGUCAUGGCAGUCACAAUGGUUUUGUAGGAAUAUGACGUAUGGGAUGACAAUUUUGAGCAAAAUGCUAUGUGAACAAGCCAGGAAAAGCCUCAAAAAUCGCCUGACCUUGCGGCUUGGUGCUUUGCAGAGGUGAAUCCAUGAACAAAAUCUCUGCUUCUAAGAAGGCGGCCGCCCUUCUUCGCGCGGCUAUUAUUGGCCAGAAGCGGCCCAUUACCGACUCUCCCUCAAAGGAGAAGUCCAAGGAUGGUGCACCCAGAUCUUCUCCCUCCCAACAACCGAACCCCAAGGUUCGGAAACAGACGGCUGGGAGUACGCCUGGUUCAACCAGGAAACAUCUGACUGAAAAGAAGGCGCGGACCCCUCAAAGUGGGUCAAAACAAACAACCGUCCUUAGGAACACUCGGCCUCUAAGAGGCGGCCAUCAAGAGCCGGACUUGGUCCAGAUGGCUAAGUCUAUGGUCAAGGCUGUUCCCUCAGAUGACAGGGAAUCAGUCAGGGGAGUCGGCACCCUUGACUCCGACUCUAUCAUGGGUCUACUCUCUGAGUCCUUGCUUCGUGUUCAUGGUCUCCGCCGACCCAUCAACGAAAAGAACAAGGAGGCGACUGCCACGUUACAGGUCAAAACCGAAUUGGAGGCGGCCAAGAAGAAAACUUGGAGCUGGAGAAGGCGGUUAAGGACCUUCAAAACCCAAGUUGCAGCCGCUAAAGCAUGCAAAUCAUGCGGUCGAAGAGCUUAAAAAGUCGAUCUAGAAGCUCAAGGAGCGCCUGUCAACCAGGAGGCGGCCUUGACCAAGCAACUCAGCGCUAAGGCUGAGUCCGAAAAGAUGGCCCUGGCCAGGAUAUGAUGGAGGACUCUUCGGCCAUCAUGAAGAUGACCUGGACUGCCCUCUUCCCAGAUUCAGACUAUGAGAAAUGGGAGUCCAAAUUCGCCGCCUACAUUGAAGAAUAUAACAUCAAGAUUAUGAAGCAGGCGAACGAUGAGGAUGAAGCGAAGGAUGAGGCGGCCGACUCCUCUUCUGAAGGUGGGGAUGAAGAUGAAGAGGAGGAGGAGGACGUCAACAAGGGGGAGACUGAGAAAAAGGAGGCGGACGCCAACCAAGAACAAGCGCCGGCUAAUGAGCCAAGAGAGUGUGCUUGAGGAGCAGGCGCCCAUUGCCGAAACUGAUCAGGCGACUGCCGUUACUAAAACCCCUCUCUCCAAUGCUUAAGCUGCUUAUUUUUAAACUCUUCUUCGGCCAGCGUGCCAUCUUCUUUUUUUGUAUCUCUUUACCCGACCAAGGGGUCGGGGUCUAUGAAUAUUUUUGCUGGCCUCCUUGGCCGGCUGUUUAUGAAUGAAUUUUGGCGACAUUUUAGUCAUCUUGUCCAGCAAUCUUAAUUUUGUUAUUUCCCUUUGCCAAGUGUAGAAUGUCUUUAAUAGCCGCUUAUUUAUCAUGCCGACU